CUGUAGAUAAGAGGAUUAGGGUGGAAUUAGUGUCAUUCCUCUAUCGCCGGGAGGAAUAGAUUCAUAUCGAUUUUAAUCAGAGAUAGAAAGAUCCACAAAAAUCACAGAUAAAACAGACUGUAGGAGGAGAGGAGCACAGGAAGCCCGGGACAAAGAUUCCUGGAGAUUAUUGACCUGUUUUAAUAGGAUGUUCAGCUGGAGACUGAGGAUGCAUGCAUGUAAAGACACUUAAUGCAUGCGCUGGAUGUACACAUUCAUGGUCUGUCACGGAGCUCUGUGGGUGAGGAAACCUCCAGCCGCAGCCGCAGGAUGUUCAACCAGGACCACCAGCCUUAGUCGGCAAGACGUGGAGGUGGAGGAGGCCGGGAUGCUGGCGUCGUGUCCGCUGCAGAGGGGAAACCUGUGAGACAUGAAGGUGGAUGUGCUGACUUGUCUGGCCCUCGCUGCGGCCAGCCUCGUCGCCAUGGUGACAGGCGGUCGCAACUCCGGACGCAGAAAACACAAGGAGGUGUUUCUCGGGGAAAACAGCAAGUUCAAGUUUGGAGGACGUAUUGACUACAAACUGAAGAGGCAGGACAGCACAAAGACUCUGCUGAUAAAAAGUGAACAGCUGCUGAGGAUUGAGGAGCACGACUUUGCUAUGAGACCGGGUUUCGGAGGUUCUGCCAUCCCUGUUGGUAUUGACGUACAAGUGGAAAGCAUCGACAGCAUCUCAGAGGUCAACAUGGAUUUCACCAUGACUCUGUAUCUGCGUCACUACUGGAAAGACGAGCGUCUGUCGUUUCCGUCUCGUAACAACCAGAGCAGGACGUUUGACUCACGCCUGGUGAAGAAGAUCUGGGUCCCUGACGUCUUCUUUGUUCACUCCAAACGCUCCUUCAUCCACGACACCACCAUGGAGAACAUCAUGCUGCGCGUGUACCCCGAUGGAAACAUCCUCUACAGUGUCAGGGUGACGGUGACGGCGCUGUGUUCAAUGGACUUCAGCAGCUUCCCACUGGACACACAGAACUGUUCACUGGAGCUGGAGAGCUAUGCCUAUAACGAGAAUGAUUUGAUGCUUUACUGGAAAAACGGCAACGACUCUCUGAGAACGGAUGAGAUCGUCCUGUCUCAGUUCUUCAUUGAACAUUUCCAUGCCUCCAGUGGACUGGCGUUCUACAGCAGCACCGGUUGGUACAAUCGUCUGUUCAUUAACUUCAUCCUGAGGAGGCACAUCUUCUUCUUCAUGCUCCAGACAUACUUUCCCACCAUGCUGAUGGUUGUUCUCUCCUGGGUCUCAUUCUGGAUUGACCGCAGGGCCGUUCCAGCCCGUGUUUCUCUUGGUAUAACCACAGUGCUCACAAUGUCCACCAUCAUCACAGGAGUGUCCUCCUCAAUGCCUCAGGUGUCAUAUGUGAAAGCAGUGGACAUUUACCUGUGGACCAGUUUCCUGUUUGUCUUCUUGUCUGUUAUCGAAUACGCUGCUGUGAACUACUGCACCACUCUGGAGGAGAUGAGGAAGAUGAAGAGGGGGAAGCUCCCGUCUACCUACAACGCCAGCCAGGCUAUGGCGUUCGAUGGCUGUUUCCAUGACAAUGACAUUGAGCUGACCCCAUUCCCUCGGAUGGCACCGUCGCUGACCCCUGACCCGCUCACCAACCCGACCCAAAACCAAGACAUCCGGCCCAGGGAGGGAACCCGCUUGCGCCGGCAGCGGUCGGUCCGAGAGAACGUGGACCUGCUGGUCAGCAACAGCUACAUGAUCGACUCGUACUCUCGUCUGGCAUUCCCGCUGUCCUACUUGCUCUUCAACACCAUCUACUGGAGCCUGUACUCCUGAUUCAGAUCGACAAAGGCUCUUGAAACAUGGAGCAGCUUCAAGGAGUCCAGAGAGAAUUAACUCUUGAUCCAAGAGGCCUCUACACUUACUUCACUAAUCAUCCUCUUUGCAGGAGAGAUGAAGAUAAAAGAGCACUUUACUCUGCAACGGAGUAAUUGUACCUUUCUGUCUGUCUCAGGGGGCUGGAUUCAAACCUCAGAUAUCACUUGAAAGUGACAGAACCUGAUUUCUUUCUUUCUUUCUUUCUUUCUGUCUUUCGUAAAUGUGACUGCAUCACGAUACUGUGAAAGCAUGUGAAGGUUGUUGUUCUUUUAUCAGUUCCCAUAGCAACAGGGAAAGAGUAAGAUGCGAAAAUGUGCUUUUAAAAAUCUUUCCCUUUAAUGAAUGAUUGAUGUAAGUGAAGCUAACCAUUGAUUUUAUUGUUUCAUUAUAUUUUCAUCAUGUUCACAAAGGUGUAAAAUGUGACUAUAUGUGUGAGUUUGGGGCAUUUUUGGAUCCUGCAGGAACUUAAUGUAACAAUAAAAACACUUCAAUUCAAUUCAUUUCAGCAUUUUUAUAGAUAACAUGUAACAGUGACCAAACUGUAAACACCUUCACAACAGAGAAGAAAAAAAAGAUAUUCCUGUAUUUGAGCAGUAGACAGGGACGUUAUUAAAACACAAACCUGAAAUAAACACUCAAAUUAUGAAAAUAUAAUAAAUAAUACAAAACAAGGCCUCCUGUUUUCCACAUGGAAUACCAGUAAGCAGGUCAUCUGCCUGGAAUGUCCUCCAAAGGUAAUGUCUUUUGCAACCAAAUUCUGCAUUCAACAUGACAAGGGAAAAGCAGACCUCACUAAUGUCAAAAAGGCCUACUUGAAGUAUUAUUACUUUGCAACAAAUCAAAAACAUAUCUUCCUUAUACAUGUUGUGAUUAUUUUUUCUUAAUUAUUACAAUCCUUAUGUAACAUGCAACACGUAUUUUCAGCUCUUACUAACUGUUCAUGUUCUACCUUUAUUGAAAUUCAUUCAUUCAUUCAAUGUGGAAAUACAAUGUGUUAUAGGCGUCAUUCUAAUUACAUCACAAUCAAGAAAUAAAGAUCCAAUGCACCAGGAAGCAGAAUAAGUAAAAUAUUAACCUAAA